GAAAUUAGGCCUAAUGGUAGAAUCAGAUCUAGAUCCUAGAUUUGGUUGUCAAAGUUUAUCAAUUCUGAAAACUCCUAUUGUGUGAUUUUUUAAAGAAUGGAUUUAAUCGUAUCUGAAUCAAAUUUAGGAUCAUUUGUACCCAAACAUUUGCUGUUAUAUCAAGGAGAUCCAGGGCUAGAAUCUUAUUUCAGACAAAUUUUGGAAAAAAAUUACGAAAAAGGAGUUUCAAAGUUAAAUGCUGAUUAUUGUCAGAUCUGCUAUGCACGUUUAAUUGGUAAAGCUCACCCACAUAUCAAGCCUGGCUUGAAAAUGACUAGAAAAAUUAAAGGGCUUUUGAAAAAAUCUGAGUCUAAAGCUUUAGGAAAAUGCCACAAUCACAUAUUGCAGAGGUAUUUGAACAGCUCUUCACUUAUGCUCAUGAAGUGUUCUAAAUGCCAAAGUAUGAAUAACAUUCCCAUCAUGACCAAUGAAAUGAAGUGUCAAAUCAAAGAGAGGCUUUGUAAAACCACUAAUGUUUUGAUACAAGAAUCAGUCACAAAUACCAAUAUCAGCAAAAAAAAGCGAAAAAAAAAGAAAAACAAGAAAGUUGAUCCACAUUGUGGUCUUGUUAUUCCAACGGUCAAAGAUGAACAAGCAAUUUCUGCAAAUUUUAAAGAUGACUAUUUAAAAGAGAGUUGUUCUACCCUGGAGUCUCCUCCUUCAAAAGUGUUUAGUAUGAAUCCAUCAUUUGUAAAUGCCACCAAGGGUACAUUUGAAAAUAGUUCCAACUCGUCAGAUAUCAAAAAAAUACCAAAAAACAAGAAGACACUACAUUUCCAAGCUAAUCUAGCUGUCCAGAUAAAGGAACAGAAAAACAAACGAUUAAAGCAAUUUUUGUUGAAUGAAAAAAAGACUGAGAAGUCAGCAUCUUUAACUGAUUUUUUGUCCUCUUUGUAAACUUAAUUAGUAUAUUAAACCUUAACAUUAAAAAUGUAAACUUUAAAAAAUUGUCAAGCUCACCAAUAAAUAUUUUAUAUUAGAAGAAGCAAAAAAAUUGUUGUGUA